UGUAUCUUUUUUCUUUUUUUUAUAUACUUUUCUUGAAUUAGAGCAACCAAAGUUAAAGACUUUGAGUUUUUAAUCAGAUAAAAAUAGAUUUAAAGAGAAACAAAACCAAGGAGAUACUUGGUAUUGUUCAGUUUGUUCUCUUUAUAAUAGAAUGCUUGUGUUUUAAGUUGUUUUUUUGAUUGAAUAGAGAGUGAGAACUGUGUUUGGUAUUUCGUUAAAUCUUCAGUGUUGAUUAUUUGAGUGAGUGGGUCUAACUCAAUAAUGGUGUUGAAGAGCUUGAACUACUGACACUAGUCCAGCUCUUCAGCAGCAUUUGCUUAUUUCAGAAGCUUUUAAUUUACAGAGAGUAAAGAAACAGAAAGAGAUUCUUUCUGUCAAAGCUUAUAUUAUACUACCUUUUUUUCCAACUACUUUAAGCUCAUGCAGAUCUGCUAAGAUUUCCUCACUGCCCCGAUUGUUUUCCUGUUUCUGGGUUAACUGGGUUUUCUUUCAUUCGUGCCAUUCGUCUGUUUCCUUCACUGUGGGUGGUGUUUGUAGAGUGAGAAAUGGAGAUUGAAUCAACUUCAUCGAGGUUUAUACCAGAGGGAUUUGAAGGAACAGCAAAUGACAUAGCAGCACAAUUUGGAUUCAUAUUUCAAAUGCUCAAAGCACCAUUGUUUAUACCCAUACUGAAUAUAAUGGUGUUCUUAUGUUUAGCAAUGUCACUUAUGUUAUUCAUCGAAAGACUUUAUAUGGGUGUUGUUAUUGUUCUUGUUAAAAUAUUUGGUAAGAAGAUUGAUAAACGUUAUAAAUAUCAACCCAUUCGAGAUGAUAUCGAAUUAGGCAGUUCAGCUUACCCAAUGGUUCUUAUUCAAAUCCCAAUGUUCAACGAAAAAGAGGUUUAUCAGUUAUCUAUUGGUGCUGCAUGUGGUCUGUCAUGGCCUGCUGAUCGGAUAAUCAUUCAAGUUCUUGAUGAUUCUACAGAUCCAGCCAUUAAGGAUUUGGUUGAGCUAGAAUGUAAAAGAUGGCAAAGCAAAGGAAUUAACAUCAUAUAUGAAAUCAGAGAUAAUCGACUUGGAUAUAAAUCCGGUGCACUUAAAGAAGGAAUGAAACGCAGUUACGUUAAGCAUUGUGAUUAUGUUGCCAUCUUUGAUGCUGAUUUCCAACCUGAACCUGAUUACUUAUGGAGAACUAUCCCUUUCCUUCAUCAUAAUCCUGAAAUUGCUCUUGUUCAAGCUCGAUGGACUUUCGUUAAUGCCGAUGAAUGUCUAAUGACGAGAAUGCAAGAAAUGUCGCUGGAUUAUCAUUUUACAGUUGAACAAGAAGUUGGAUCAUCUACUUAUGCUUUCUUCGGAUUUAAUGGAACUGCUGGAGUAUGGAGAAUUUCCGCAAUUGAAGAAGCUGGUGGCUGGAAUGGUAGAACCACAGUUGAGGAUAUGGAUCUAGCUGUCCGUGCAGGUCUCAAGGGAUUCAAGUUCCUUUACAUUGGUGAUCUUCAUGUGAAAAGUGAAUUGCCAAGUACCUUCAAAGCAUACCGUUUUCAGCAACAUCGAUGGUCCUGUGGUCCAGCUAAUCUUUUCAGGAAAAUGGUCAUGGAAAUUGUGAGGAAUAAGAAAGUUACUCUAUGGAAGAAGUUCUAUGUUAUCUACAGUUUCUUCUUUGUUCGAAAGAUCAUAGCUCACAUAGUUACGUUCGUCUUUUACUGCAUUGUAAUUCCCGGGACCGUAUUGGUUCCUGAAGUCCAUAUUCCUAUGUGGGGUUUAGUUUAUAUUCCUUCCAUCAUUACCAUUCUUAAUGCUGUUGGAACUCCAAGGUCUGUGCAUUUACUAGUCUUUUGGAUUCUCUUUGAGAAUGUUAUGUCUCUGCACCGGAGUAAAGCAUGUUUUAUCGGUCUGUUCGAAACGGGAAGAGUGAAUGAAUGGGUUGUGACUGAUAAACUUGGAGAUGUUACAAAGGCCACCAAACCAGGACCUAAAACAACCAAGAAACCUCGAUUCAGCAAGAUUCGAGAAAGGCUCCACUUGACAGAGCUUGGAGUGGGAGCAUUCCUUUUCUUUGUCGCUUGUUAUGACUACUCAUAUGGGAAGAAUAAUUACUGGGUAUACCUAUAUUUCCAAGCAGUAGCUUUCUUUGUCAUGGGAUUUGGUUAUGUUGGCACAUUCGUCCCCAACUACUAAUCGAACCAAUACGUUGUCAGAGAAAAGUUACCUUUGGUAUUCGUCUGUAACUUGUCUAUAUCUUUAUCUUCAGCGACAACAAUAUUUAGUCUCAGAUUUUAUCAGUUAAUUAGUGUGGUAGCUUACUAUAAGGGAUGAAGUUACACGAAAUAGUUGGUUUGGUUUGUCACUUAUUCUUUCAUGCCGAGGAGGGGAAUUGCUUUCUUCACAUGCUUCACAACAAAGACAGAAAAUCUCUUGUGAAUACUACUAGGUCAUCAAUUGUUACAAAAUGUUAGAAGAGAAGACACAGAAAACAAAUAAUUAAUCACAGAGAUGCUGAGUAAAGCCAAGCUACAAAGGAGAAGAAAAAGAAUCGGAAAUAUAUUGCGGUUCGAAGAUCGACAAUGCAUAUUUGCAGAAUUAGAAUCUUGUGAGUGUUAAUUAGUAGCUUAAUCAUAAGUAUAUAUAGAUAACGAUAAUGUAAAACAUCUUUGCAUGAAUUGUUUGAUAGUUAUGGAUUUUGUAGUUUUUCUCCUUUUUUUCUUUUUUUUGGUUCUUUGUUCUUUUUCCUCCUUCAUUUGGUAUUGUUUGAAAUGAAUAUAUGAAGGUGGGAAUCUGUUAUAUCAGGAAAUAAACUUUGUAUUCAUCACUGUUUUA